AUGGGCGACUACCACGUAUUGGAUUCCGCGUCCAAUUCGGGCAUUGGUUCGCUUCAGCAGUCGCAUGCAUCGACUAUUGCUCUGACAGAUAAGCGUCGUGGGAGCAAUCUCGGCCACCUUGAGUCGUAUGAAAAGACCUCUAACCACCACCUGUCUGGCGACAGUGAAGAUGAAGAUGAUCCUAUUCAACUCACAAGCAACGUGAAUAAAUCCGAGAGAAAUAACGGGGAUGGUACCCAGUUGGAAGAAGGUGAAGAUGAAGAUGAUUUUGGUGAUUGGGACGCUAUAGAUGAAUCCGAGCAUGCCAGACUAAGACAGGGUCUGACGGCACUGGGAAUUCUGGCGCAUGUGGAUAACUUUGGAAAUCUGUACGAGCACGUGGAUUUCGAUGCAAAGAGAUACACAGGCAAGCUACGAUUCAAGGGCCAGAGGCUCGUGUACUUCACGUCUGCGUUCGUGUCACUCUUCGUGUCAUUGUUUGGAUACGAGCAAGGUGUGUGCUCGGGAAUCUUGACAUUUGUGACGUUCAAUCUGUACUUCAAAAAUCCAACAGCAACCGAAAUUGGCGUGGUUAUUUCCAUUUUGGAAAUUGGAGCUAUGAUCUCGUCGCUCUUGGUGUCUCGGAUCUCUGAUCAAAUGGGUCGUAAGCGCACCAUCUUGCUCGGAACCGUCAUAUUUAUGGUUGGAGGUAGUCUUCAAUCGUUUGCUUCCAAUCUUUGGGUGUUUGGUGUCGGAAGGGUGUUCAGUGGUCUCGGUGUGGGUAUUCUUUCGACUAUGGUGCCGCUGUACCAGUGCGAGAUCUCUCCAUCAGAAGAAAGAGGAAAGUUGGUAUGUGGAGAGUUCACAGGUAAUAUCACCGGAUACUUCUUGAGCGUUUGGGUAGAUUACUUCUGCUACUUCAUCCAAGACAUUGGUGAUGCCAGAACAAACCCUAAGACGUUUGCGGCACAUUUAUCGUGGAGAUUGCCGUUAUUUAUCCAGGUGAUACUUGCAGUGAUUCUCUUAAUUGGUGGCUUUUUCAUUGUAGAGAGCCCCAGAUGGCUAUUAGACGUCGAUGAUGACCAACGUGGGUUCCACGUUUUAUGUCUCCUCUAUGAUGACGAUCCACUGAGUGAAAAGGCCGUCCACGAGUUUUUCCUCAUCAAGAAUAGCAUUCUCGAAGAGCGUGUUAAAACCCCAAAGCACGAACGCACCUGGCGUCACAUGUUCCGCCAUUACAGACUCCGAAUCUUCAUUGCAUGCUCUGCGUUAGCAUUCGCCCAAUUCAAUGGUAUCAACAUCAUUUCGUACUAUGCACCUAUGGUAUUUGAACAAGCGGGGUUCAAUAAUUCCAAAGCUCUCUUGAUGACUGGGGUCAACGCCACCGUGUACUUGAUCAGCACAAUUCCACCAUGGUUCUUAGCUGACCGGUGGGGAAGAAAACCCAUUUUAAUUAGUGGAGGUCUAUCUAUGGGCACAUGCUUGGGGCUUAUUGCCGUUGUUUUAUGGAUGGAUAUGCCGUCCACACCUCUGCUCGUGGCGUUAUUGGUGAUCAUCUACAAUGCAUCAUUCGGCUACUCAUGGGGCCCCAUUGGAUUUUUGAUUCCACCUGAGGUUUACCCGCUUGCGGUGAGAUCCAAAGGAGUCUCGCUCUCCACCGCCACGAACUGGUUUGCAAAUUACAUUGUGGGACAACUUACUCCAAUUCUCCAAGAACGUAUUGGAUGGGUGAUGUACUUGUUUCCUGCCUCCAGCUGUGUGCUUUCCGUAGCCACGGUGAUAUAUUUUUACCCGGAAACCAAAGGAAUUGAAUUGGAGGACAUUGACCGGUUGUUUGACGAAUACUACGGAGCCAGCAAGCCUGGGUACAGCCAAGUCGGCGAGCAAGCCAUAGAGUUGGAUGAUUUUGACUACGAGUUGGCACUGGUUGCCAAACCUGCAAGACAAGCCAGUAAUUAG